AAUUUUUAAUAGACUCGUGCGUAAGUCAAAAUAUAUUGAAUAAGAUUUAGUUUUAAAGCUUUUAUCGCUUGUUUUGGUGAUAUUUUUUGUCAUGAACGUGUUUGAUCCAAAAUGUCUGAUCUUAGGCCUUCCAAUCUUUGAAUCAGAAAUCAGUUUCAAGAAAGGAUUGCACAGUCAAUGGGUAGAAUCAUUUUUAUCUCUUUAUCAUAAUAUGUUAGUUGUUUACGCUACCAAAGAAAAAUUACUACCGCUUCAACACUUUAUGCCCAAAACUAGCACCUUAUCGGUCGGUUUAAAAACUGAGAAACGAGUUUUUGAGAUUAUCUCUCAAACCGACACUACAUUAUAUUUGUUUGAAACGAGCUCUGAUUUUUUUGCAGAUAUUUGGAUUUUAAAUUUAAAAAAUGCAGGUUGGAAAUUAAUCGAACUAUAUCCAUGGAAUGACAGCACGUAUUUUAACCAAGAUAAUGAUUUUAAGAUUAACGAAAUAAGUAAUCAAUUAACUAAAUUAACAAAUUUGAAUGAAAAGAAAGAAGAAAAGUUUAUGGAGAGCCAUUCAAUAUCUUACCUAACUGACGAUAAAAAGUUUGAGGUAGAAAUGGUUACUGAAGAAACAGAAGAACAAAUUUCAGAAAGUGGUUACGUCUCUAAAGUAAAACUCGAAGGAAAAACCCGAAAAAAAAGUGUUUUUAUUCAUGCGCAAGAGAUGAACAAAGAUUACUGGCAAAAUUAUGAGGAAAAGCUUGAUUUAUCAGAAGAUAUUAAAUACUUUAAUAACGAAGACCUUAAAGCAAAAAACAUGAAGAAAAAGCAUAAAGAUAUUUAUUCUAUUGAUAUUGAUCACGACAUAAUUAACAACAACAAUCUAUAUGUGAACAAAGACAUUUUUCCGAAAAAUAUUACCACUACUCAAAAAAGGCAUUCUAUGUAUCAGUUAUUUACUAAUAUUAAAUCUCGGUUCGGUUCAACAACUUCUCAUAAAAGCGCAUCAAGGAGAAGCAGAUCUUUGCAAGACUAUUUUACCAGUAAAUUGCUUUGGAAUUACAAUGGGCAGUGGACAAGCAUCAAUUUUGUAUUUGAGAAUGGAUCUCUUCUUGGAUACAAAGAUGCUGAUAUGAAACUUCUUGAGGUGGAGUUAAACGUAAGAGAAUGUAUAAUAACAACAAUUAGUUCUGUCGGAAUUCUCCCGAAGCUUAACUUGUUUAAGUUAGGAUUAACCAUUGAAACAGGUCAUAUUUUUGCAGCAUGGAAUGAGGAGGAUUAUAAUAUAUGGUUACAAGUGUUAGGAAAUUUUGCUAAAGAAAGAGUUGACAUAAAUUUAUCUGAGAUAAACUCACGUGAAGAUGUUUCUUAUGCACCAUAUGGUCAACGGAAUUUAAGGUCAAGUAAUCUUUUGUCAACAUCUUCUGAAGUUAGUAGUGUUUUAACUGAAGGUCACCCUGAUUUUAUUGACAGUGGUAAUGAUGGGGAUGAGUCUGGAUUAGAAGUGCCUCAUGAAAGAAUUUCAAUACUUAUUAAUAAAAAUGAAAAACUU